AUGAACGCCGAGCAGAAGACCCACGCUAUAAUUGACCUUAUGCAAGAACUUAACUGUACUGAGAACCAAGCACGUAAUGCCUUGGAACUUGCCCAGUACAAUUACGAUCUAGCCCGUACAAUUGUGAAAGAGUACUUAUCAGACAAAAAGACCAACUAUGUAGGAGGAAAUAGUGGCCAGAUAGUGGAAAUGCCCAAAUCAGAAUAUGCCGAAGAGUUUGAGAAACUCAUGCGUCAUAGUCAAAACAAUCACAACAAUCAAAAUAAUCAAGAAAAUACGGUUGUUGUUAAAAAAACACUAACAGUUUACAAGAAUGGAUUUUUAAUCGAUGAUAAGUUUACGCGGUUAACUCAGGAGGAAAGAGAUGCCUUAAUGAAGCAAAUCUCAGAGACCGGAGAAGUACCUAGUCAUCUGUUUGAAAUCAAUCCCGGUGAUCUCGUUGAUGUUGAAAUUGCGCUUCAAACUGAUGAAACUUACCGAGAAGACUUCCCAGGGGAGGGACGUACCAUUCAGCAGACAGUCCCAAAAGGAUCGGGCGAGUCUAUCGAUCUUGGAGGGCCAGAGGUUGUUUUUAAAUUAACAGUUGGCGGCAAGAAGGUCCAUGUAAAGAUGGGAGGAUGUUCAGACUUCCAUCCACUUAAGCAGCAUUUAGAGGGGCAAGGUUUAACUGGCCAACUCUUUUGCAGUGGAGUUUCAGUUGCCUGGGAUGAAAACCCUUCUAAGUACAGUCGGGAUCUUCUCAAUCUGCAGCAAUAA